UAAACGUCACCCAAACACAAACAAUCUGUUUUUCGGUGGACGUUCCACGGUGCAGUCCACAAUCGAUAAAUAAAUAAUUUAGCUAGUUUUGGUACGUUUUUUUUUCGUUCUGACCUGUCCGAAGCCAGGUCGCUGAAAUGGCAUCCUCGUCGAACGUUAGCGGUAAUUUAGUGGAUGAGCUUGAGGAAGCAUUUCAGUCGUGUAUACAUGCUCUGACAAAGGAAGAAUCAGCUACCGGAAUCGAUAAGGAUGAAAUUAAGGUGGAGGUCGAUCAAACAACACUAAAGUUCAUCGAUCUGGCCCGACAGAUGGAGGCGUUUUUUCUGCAGAAACGAUUUCUUCUGUCCGCACUCAAACCGGACCUGCUGCUGAAGGAGGAAAACUUUGAUCUGAAGCAAGAAAUAGGCCGAAAGGAUGAGCUCAUACGUAAGCAUUAUGAAAAGAUUGAGUCGUGGAAACAGUUGCUCUCGGAUCAGCAGAACUUCAACAAACCGAUUCAAUCGAUGCCUCCGGAUAUGCGGGGCAACCUGGCGGGCGGUGCACCCGGUGCUCCGGCCGGACUAAUGGCUGGCGGUGGCAUGAACCUGCCAAUGCAGGUGAACAAAUCGAUGCAAAAUCAACAUCAACAGCAGAUGCAGCAAAUGCAAGUGCAGCAACAACAGAUGCAACAGCAAAUGCAACAAUCCAUGCCAAUGGGCGCAACAAAUGCGCAGCUAUUUCAGCAAGGUGGUAUGCCUCGCGGUGUCGGACAGGCAGGUUCGGGUGCCGGAUUUCCCCAAGGCGCCGGUCCAAACCUUCAGGGACCGUUAGCAUAUUUGGAGAAAACGGCCAGCAAUAUAGAUCUAGUGGGCCUUGGAGAUGGUCGAAGGUGACGCGGGCGGGGCAGGGGACGCGGUAGAGGUCGAGGCCGAGGCAGAGGUCGUGGACGAGGCAGUGUGGCCGAGUUCCACAGUGGCCCAUUAACCUGAGGCUGGCCUGAGCGGUGGCAUUCCGGAUGGUAUUGUUUCCGUUCGGAUCCAUCCAUUCAUGGUCCAGCCCGUGUAUUUCUUCGUCUACCGUUGUUGUAUGGUUAGGGCCCUCGGCACAGAUCAACCGUUGGCGAUAACAGUGUUAGGAAAGAAGUUUAGGCAAAAAGAAAGGCACAAAGUACAGCAAAUAGCAGCGAAAAAUGGUUCCCCUCUUAAAACGAAAACGUUGACAAAGACAACAAAAAAAAUACCCAAGCCUUAGUCUGCGACUCGGCGACAACACAACACUUAGCUAACCGAUUUUCAACAGGUACCGUUCGUUGGUAACUUGCAAAAAAAGAGACCACGUGUACCGAAACCCUUAAACUUACCAGCACGUUUGGCACACAGCUAGAAAUUUCUCUUUGACCACUUGACGCCAAAAUCGUCCCUAUUUGUUAUCUCCAUCGUUCCCCCGUCCCUUUUGAGAGUGUAAUUAUGGUGUAAAAAACAAACAAAAACUACAUACUGACACACACACACACACUACAUACAUCGUGCGUCGUCCCCCGGCGCUCUUUAGCGCCACUGAGGACGACAGCACGUUAUUUUCUUCUCCGUUUUUUUUUUUAUGUAAACCAUGUAUAGAAAAUUGUCAACUAUCAACGCUACCAGUGCAAACGAUGCCUUGGCAUUGGCGAUCGUGUGUAAAAUGUGUGCUCGCUUUCUUAUUAAAUACCCUUUCCCACCCCUGUCGGUCACCGGACCGGGUUUUUCACUUGUGGUUACUGUUGUUUGAAGGCCACGAUUUUCCGUUUGUAGCUUCAGUAACAUUUUCCAAUUAUUCCAACGUAGUACUUUCCCGUUGUGGUGAAUCACAAUCAAAGUUCGCGUCUUUAGGACGAUCCUGCAUACAAAGUGCGCUACGAAAAUGGAAAUAGAACCACCAGUUUCACUGCUUCCAAAACCUAGGUACGAAGAACAUGGAACAAGCCAAUAUUCAAUAAAGAAAUCGGAAAUAGUCGUAACGAA